AUGGGGAACAUUAUGGACGGUAAGUCGGUGGAGGAGCUGAGCAGCACCGAGUGCCACCAAUGGUACAAGAAGUUCAUGACAGAGUGCCCCUCCGGCCAGCUCACCCUCUACGAGUUCCGCCAGUUCUUCGGCCUCAAGAAUCUGAGCCCGUGGGCCAGCCAGUACGUGGAGCAGAUGUUUGAGACCUUUGACUUCAACAAAGACGGCUACAUCGACUUCAUGGAGUACGUGGCGGCGCUGAGCCUGGUCCUCAAGGGGAAGGUGGAACAGAAGCUGCGCUGGUACUUCAAGCUCUAUGACGUGGACGGCAACGGAUGCAUCGACCGCGACGAGCUGCUCACCAUCAUCCGGGCCAUCCGAGCCAUUAACCCCUGCAGCGACUCGACCAUGACCGCCGAGGAGUUCACGGAUACAGUGUUCUCCAAGAUUGACGUCAAUGGGGAUGGGGAACUCUCCCUAGAGGAGUUCAUGGAGGGCGUCCAGAAGGACCAGAUGCUCUUGGACACGCUGACCCGAAGCCUGGACCUUACCCGCAUUGUGCGCAGGCUCCAGAAUGGAGAGCAGGAUGAGGAGGGGGCUAGCGGCAGGGAAACUGAGGCCGCGGAGGCUGACGGCUGAGCUCACUGCCUGCUCUUUGUGUACUGGGGAGGGUGUGUACGGUGGUGCCUGGUGUUUCAUUGUUGUUUUAAUGCUAGAUAGAGUCUACUGAAAUUAAAGGCCCAGCUCACUUCU